CCUGCGCGAAAACCCCGUCCCGAGGCCCGGCGAGUCGGUUCCUGUUUUGGGAGACGUGGGGGAGGGAAGUGCAUCCGGAGCGCGGUUUCGCCUAUUGUCUGGGCGACGGGAACUGGCCUAGGAGACGCCGAAGCCUCUUUUUGCCAGCAGUAGCGCCGUUGCUUUCUGAAGGGGGAGCGAAGCGCCCUGCCGGGCACAGGCCGCCUUCCCCUAUGCCCGGCAGCGGCUGCUCGGCUCCAGUGAUGGAUCGUAGCUCGAAGAGGAGGCAGGUGAAGCCUUUGGCUGCUUCCCUGCUGGAAGCUCUAGAUUAUGACAGUUCAGAUGACAGUGACUUUAAGGUUGGAGAUGCAUCAGAUUCUGAAGGCAGUGGACAUGGCAGUGAAGAUGGAUCUAAGGAUAGCGGAGAAGGCUCCUGUAGUGAAUCAGAAGAAAAUAUCUUGGAAGAAGAGCUGGCAGAAGAAGAAUUAAAAACAGAGGAAGAGCAACCUAAAACUUCAGGUGGUGAAGAGCUGCCAGUAGCAGAGAAGGCGGUAAUUAAGACAGAAAAUAAAGAGGAGGAGGAGGAGGAGGAUGGAGAAGGAGAAGAGAAACCAAGAAAGAAAAAGGAGAAAGAAAAAGAGCGAGAGAAGCCUUCAGAGGCAGAUGUUGGCAUUGAUGAGCAGACUAAUGAACCAAAAAAGUGGAACUUAAGAAGAAACCGUCCUCUACUAGAUUUUGUAUCCAUGGAGGAGCUAAAUGACAUAGAUGAUUAUGACAGUGAGGAUGACAAUGACUGGCGUCCAACUGCAGGGAAGAAGAAGGGAAAAAACACAUUACGGAGAGAAGGAAGUGAUGUGGAUAAUGAGGAUGAUGAAGAUGAUGGAAGUGGAAGUGAUGAGGAUGAUAAUGAAGAAGAAGGCAAUGAUGACGAUGAUAGCAGUGCUGCUAGCGAUGGUGGACCCAAGAAGAAAAAAGCAAAAGCUCUUAACAGAAAUAGUGCUGAUGAUGAGGAGCUGACAAAUGAUAGCCUGGCCCUUUCACAAAGCAAGAGCAAUGAGGACUCGCUGAUUCUUGAGAAACCUCAAAACUGGAGUUCCCAGAAAAUGGACCAUAUUAUGAUUUGCUGUGUUUGUCUUGGAGAUAAUAGUGAAGAUGCUGAUGAAAUAAUCCAGUGUGACAACUGUGGAAUAACAGUACAUGAAGGUUGUUACGGCGUAGAUGGCGAGAGUGAUUCUAUAAUGAGCUCUGCUUCAGAAAACUCCACAGAACCAUGGUUUUGUGAUGCCUGCAAAUGUGGGGUCUCUCCAAGCUGUGAGCUGUGCCCCAACCAAGACGGAAUCUUCAAAGAGACGGAUGCUGGCAGAUGGGUCCAUAUUGUUUGUGCACUCUACGUUCCAGGAGUAGCAUUUGGAGAUAUUGACAAAUUGAGACCCGUCACGCUUACGGAAAUGAACUAUUCUAAAUAUGGUGCUAAGGAAUGUAGUUUUUGUGAAGAUCCUCGUUUUGCUAGAACUGGAGUUUGCAUCAGUUGUGAUGCUGGGAUGUGUCGAGCUUAUUUCCAUGUGACCUGUGCUCAGAAGGAAGGUCUGUUGUCAGAAGCUGCAGCAGAAGAGGAUAUUGCAGACCCCUUUUUUGCUUACUGUAAGCAACAUGCGGACAGGAUGGAUAGAAAAUGGAAACGCAAGAACUAUUUAGCUUUACAGUCUUAUUGCAAAAUGUCUUUGCAAGAGAGAGAAAAACAGCUCUCACCAGAAGCUCAGGCCCGAAUUAAUGCCAGACUACAACAGUAUCGUGCUAAGGCAGAACUAGCACGUACCACAAGGCCACAGGCCUGGGUACCAAGAGAGAAGCUGCCGCGGCCGCUCACUAGCAGCGCUUCUGCAAUACGGAAGCUAAUGCGCAAAGCAGAAUUGAUGGGAAUUAGUACAGACAUAUUUCCAGUGGAUACUUCAGAUACCAGUUCCAGUGUUGAUGGAAGACGAAAGCACAAACAACCAGCCCUAACUGCUGAUUUUGUGAAUUAUUAUCUUGAGAGAAACAUGCGCAUGAUCCAGAUCCAGGAGAAUAUGGCAGAACAGAAGAAAAUUAAGGAUAAACUGGAGAAUGAACAGGAAAAACUCCAUGUGGAAUAUAACAAGUUGUGUGAAUCUUUAGAAGAACUUCAGAACAUGAAUGCAAAACUUCGUAAUGAAGGACAAGGAAUAUGGGCCGUGCUAGGCAGAAUUAUUGGGCAGAAACUGAAUAUACCAGCAAUUCUACGUGCACCUAAGGAGAGAAAGCCAAGUAAAAAAGAAGGUGGAACCCAAAAGACCACGACACUUCCAGCAGUACUAUAUAGUUGUGGGAUUUGCAAGAAGAACCAUGAUCAACACCUCCUUUUGCUGUGUGAUACUUGUAAACUCCAUUAUCAUCUUGGAUGUCUGGAUCCUCCACUGUCACGGAUGCCAAGGAAGACUAAAAACAGUUACUGGCAGUGUUCAGAGUGCGACCAAGCUGGUAGUAGUGACAUGGAAACAGACAUUGCCAUGGAAACUUUGCCAGAUGGAACCAAGCGAUCAAGGAGACAGAUUAAGGAACCAGUGAAAUUUGUUCCACAGGAUGUACCCCCAGAACCAAAGAAGAUGCCUAUCAGAAACACGAGAACUAGAGGACGAAAACGAAGCUACCUUCCUGAAGAAGAAAAAGCUGAGGAACGCAUUCCUAGAGAAAGAAGACAAAGACAGUCUGUAGUACAAAAGAAGCCCAAGUCUGAGGAUUUAAGAACUGAAUGUGCCACAUGUAAAGGAACUGGAGACAAUGAAAAUCUAGUCAGAUACUCUUCAUGAGACACUACUCUGCCACAACUCGUCCUCGGAGGCAGUCCUGGAAACUACUUUUAUAAAUGUGAUUUUAAGCUGUGGAUAAGACUUUCAGUAGGACCCAAACUAAAGGAAAACACUGUAUUACCCUUGCCAUAUUCUUAGUGUUGGGUUUGCUUGCCAGGUUUUAUAGAAUGUAACCAAUGGGUAUGUUCCUUGAACUGGCAAGGCAGUUAAUUUACUUGAUUUUUUCCAUUGCACUAAUCAGGCACAUUUACUCUGUGCAUUGUUGAAAAUACCAGAUGAAUGUCUUGUCUGAAUUGUUCUAUGAAGUAAUAUCAUCUCCCAUUGCGAUUCCUUGGCAAAUGAUGUACAGUACUUGGACUCACUGAAGAGUGACAGGAACCUAUGGGAUUUAAAUACUUAAUGUGAUAUUAUUGAAUGGGAAAAGCAAUGCUUUGUCAUUUGUUGGUUGCUCUGUUUUCUGUGCUUCUUAGUAACCAAAAUUUUAUAUAAACUAAUGUGUUGAGGAGCUAUAUGUUAAAGGCUUGCUUUCUGUAAAAAUGUUCGGUGUAGUGGCAAUCAGAUAUCUGUAAAUUAUUUCACCCGUUCUCAUUAUGAAAUAGAAUUGAUUUUGUUCUUAUUUCAUUUCAAAUUUACUGAGUGAGUCUGUGUGUUCUGCAGUGGUGAUAUGUUCUUCAAAAUGCAGUAAUAAUCCCUAUAUCAUUUUGAGAGAAGUUAAAAAUAACAAGUAUUUGUUUAGUAUAGCAGAGAAAAAGGUGCUAAUUAUGUUUGUUUCUCAGCAUAGGAUUUGUAUGACUUUUUCAAAAUAUGACAUAAAUUAUACAUAUAAUACUUUGCAUUUUGUCCUUGUUUGAAAGAAGCUGUUUGUGCAUAUGUACCUGUAGUGUUUAAGUAUGUAUGUUGCGAUCCAACAAAGAUAUUGACUCAUGUGGGGAAAGCUGUGAGAUUUCUUUGGGGUACUCAUCUACCCAUCUUGAUGAAAAAGUAACCUGUAGUUUUUAAACUGAGAUAUGACUUGGCUCUUUAACCAAAAAAAGGUCAAAGAGGCCUGCCACUGGGUGAAUUUACUCAAAUGCACUUGUCACUUUGUUGGAUCACAGCCAUAAUACUGGAAAUUCUUGGCAUAUGGUAGGAUCUUAGUGCACUGAAAAAGAUGCAUACAGUAUUUCCUGUUAAAACAGAUUUUAUAAUUGAAGUAUAAAAACGGAAAACAGACUAAUAAUAAGAUGUAUAAAAUAACAGGAUAUAAUGAAUUAGUGUAUUCUUAUGGCUAUGGAUGGCUACAGGCUGUAUUGUCU